AUGCCUGACGCCAGUUGGGAGACUCUCUCCAACGACAACGGUCUCUCGUCAGCUCUGGACGAGUAUUCAAAGUCCUCGCUCCUGCCGGGAACAGACCCUAACGAUGAUUGCGUGCCGUGCGGCGUGGGCAAGUUCAAGAGCGGGUACGGCAACUCCGAGUGUAUUGGGUGCUCUGUGCCGUUCACCACGACAGUCGGUGGGGCCGACACUGAGGAUGACUGUGUGUGCGACGCCGGGCACUACCGCGACGGAGCUGGGCAGUGCCCGGCGUGUCCACUUGGCACGUAUAAGCCAACUGCAGCCAAUGCAAUCGCAUGCAACUCGUGCAAGUCGACCGAGACCACGGCGGCCAUGGGUGCGCUUACCGAGUCCGAGUGUGUGUGUAGGCCCGGGUUUGAGCGUGUUGCUGGUGUGUGCGAGCCGUGUGGCAAGGGUACGUACAAGGACACUGCCGGCGACGGAGCGUGCUCGCUCUGUCCGGGCGGCACGUCCUCGAACACCGUCGGCGGUGCAGACGUGGCAUCAUGCGACACGUGUAAGCCUGGCUUCUUUGGCGACGACUGCAGCGGCGUCUGCUCCUGCUCGGUCGAUCAGGUGUGCCUAGAUGGGCGGUUUGGGUCUGGUAACUGCACUUGCUUUGUUGGCUCGGGGCUGUCAGGCGCUGGAUGCGAUCAAUGCGAGGCUCCGCAGUACUUUGGACGGCCUUGGUGCAACUCCACGGUCGAGUGCGUCAACGGCGUGCCCGACUAUGGAUUUGACGGCAGUGGCAAGUGCCGCUCGUGCCAACUUGCAGCGUACGACUUUGCCGCCGACCCGACGUGCGCCACGUGCGCGGCGCUCAACUUUGGCGUCAGCUGUUUGCAGUGUCCCAUUGGGCACCACGGCUCUGGUGACAACACCGAUGGCCCUUGCGAGCUGUGCAGUGCAGGCACGUUCAAGGAUGUCACAACAGCCCUGCAGCGAUGCAAGCCGUGCGACGCGGGAACGGUGCGCGGUAAGCUGUCUGCCAUGUGGCCGCGGACGAGUGACCGCAAGCGAUGGGGCGACGACGGUUGCGGCAUGCACCCCACGGCCAAGCCGAUCCCCAACUCGGGCUUCUACCCGCUGCCUGGCCAGGGCGUGACGUCGGGACUGUACGAGCCGUGCACCCCGGCGGGCGUCUGCCUUCGUGGCGGAGUCUGUCGGUUCGGUCACAUUGGCGAGCGGUGCUCGCAGUGCAUCAAAGGAUGGGCCAAGAACCCUAGCUCGGGCCUGUGCGAAAAGUGCCCGUCGUCGAUCCCGUUCAUCUUUAUGGGCCUCGCGGUUCUCGGCAUCAUCCUCUGUAUCCUGCUCAUCAAGCUCGCACGCAAGAAUACGGCGUUCUUCACGGCCGCUUCGGUCGGGUUCAACUUUCUGCAGCUCAUUGCGGUCCUCGCCUCGUUCCAGAUCAAGUGGCCGGGGUGGACACAGCGGUUCUUUGAGAUCCUGUCUGCGGCCAACAUCGACCUGCAGCUGUUCAAGCCCGAGUGUCUUGUUUCGAGCUCGUCGGACGCGUACUUUACGAUCUGGGCCACCAAGCUUGCAGCCCCUUGGGCGCUGCUCGUGAUGUUUGCGGUCGGCUUCAGCAUUUUCCGGCUCUACGCCGCUGCGCGCAAGUGGACGGCACCGGCCAAGGCGUCGAUGAAGUAUGCGUUCACCAACGCAUCGGUCAUGGCCAUGUUUGUCAUGUACCUGCUAGUGACCAACACGGCGCUGGAAAUCUACCCGUGCACCAAGCAGGCCGACGGCAAGUACACGAUGAACCGCGAGCCGUCGAUCCGGUGCUACCAGGGCAAGUGGUUCGAGCUUCUGGUGGGCUCGAUUUGUGCCAUGAUCAUGUUUUCGCUCCUCAUGCCGCUCGGCGUACUCAAGGUGCUCCACAAGCGGCGGUUCAACCUGUGGAAGCGGAAGAACCUUGCGCGAUACGGCCUGCUGUACCUGCGAUACCGGCCCAAGUACUACUUUUUCGAGAUCCUCGUCCUUGUCCGCAAGUUUGGCGUGGUGUUUGGCAAGGUGGCGUCGUCUGCGAGCGUGGUGGGCCAGGUGCUCACAGCGCUGGCAGUGGUGUGCCUCUCGCUCGGACUGCAGCUCAAGACGCAUCCGUUUGCAACGAUGCGGAUCAACCGGCUGGAGACGCUCAUGCUCUCGUGCGCAGGCUUUGUGCUCGCGCUGGCGUUUGUGUACGCGGCCGCUGACGGCGGGCUCAAUGCGUCGUUUGCCAACACGCUCGGAGUGGUGCUUGUGGGCGUGGUGUGCGUGGCGAUUGUGAUUCUUCUGGUGGCGAUUGUUCUGGAAAUCACGAAAAUCCACCGAAUGCUGCGGCGGGGGCUUGUGGGCAAGUAUGUGGUGGACCGGCUCGAUGUGUGGCGCCCGUUCUACACGAGCGGCAUGUUCCUGUUGGAGCACACCCAGACGACGGUGGGCGAGGCGGCGGCAAACAUUGUGAUGACGUUCUCGACGACCGAGCCUGUCGAGCUGGUGGCGGAGAUGUUCCUGGAAACAGUCAUCACGCACCGGAGCGAGAAGCGGACGACGGACGAUGUGGUGCUCCACGGCUGCCUUCAGCCGUCGGACCAGGCUGUCGAGUCACGGAGCGACUUUCUGCAGCACACCGUCACCAUGCACGCGCCGGCGCCCGGUCACUACGUGGCGACGAUCGCGGUGAUGGCGGCCGGCAGGACGGCGACCACGCCGCGCGAGCCAGCAACGGGGAUGCGCGGGUGGCUGGAGAAGCUCGCGGCCUUUGUCGACGGCUCGGUGACCGACCAGGCGCACUCGCCCCAGAUGGUCCGCGCCAUGAUGGUCAACGGAGCCGAGCGGGCCAUCCGAUUCCGCGUCACAGCCUCGCCCGAGUGGGCUGCUGAGGACGCCAUGGCUGGCACUGCCGCCGCGGCCUCGGAGUUUGCAACCGAUGUCGACGAGGAUGCGCUCCUCUCGCGGCCGUGGAGCAUGUCGCCCGAGGAAAUGGACGCUCUGGACGAGGAACACGAGCUUCAGGCACUGUAA